AUGUGUUCUAGGCUCAUACCACGUUCCUCCUUACGGUCCUUACGGACAGCGCACGUUGGGCGGCAUAUCUUACCAAUAAGCCAAGCCAGAUACAUAUCAACACCAGUGAAUUAUCGGGUUAUUGAGCAUACUAUUGACUGCAGCCACUCAAGAGAAUAUCUCGCUGAGACGGCAAAUGGCGAUGAAGACACACCAAAACUUGCUGUGAAGCAAUACGUUCCCCACGACAACCCCAAUCCUCAACCUGGUGAUGUAACCGUUAUUGGUGCUCACGCAAAUGGUUUUCCAAAGGAACUGUAUGAGCCGCUAUGGGAUGAGCUGUAUGACCGAGCAAGACAACAAGAUCUCAGGAUACGAUCGAUAUGGAUUGCAGAUGUAUGGAAUCAAGGUCAGUCAGGAGUUAUUAACGAGAGAGUACUCGGCAACGAUCUCAGUUGGUUUGACCACGCAAGAGACCUUAUGAAUCUCAUCAACCAACAUCAACGAGACAUUCCUCAUCCCAUCGUUGGUAUUGGUCAUAGUAUGGGUGGAACUCAGCUGGCACAGCUGGCACUUUGGCACCCUAGGCUUCUGGACUCGUUAGUACUUAUCGACCCGAUCAUCCAGAUACCGAACCCAAGUAUUUCCCUCGCCGGUCUUUCCACAAAGAGGCGGGAUAUCUGGUCAUCAAGAGAAGAUGCCGUUACAAGGUUCAAGAAAAGCAAGUUCUUCCAGUCUUGGGAUGCUCGUGUUCUGGACCUUUGGAUAGAACAUGGGCUUCGAAAUAUUCCGACUGAACUUCAUCCGAAGGAAGAGGGUUCAAGUCCAGAUGAGCGAGUUACGCUCACGACGUCGAAGCAUCAAGAGCUCUUUAGCUUCGUUCGGCCGACAUACAUAGAAAGAGACUGGGAACCAUUCAACGACAAAGACCCGGAACAGAAUAAAGACUGCCCCGACUACCCUUUUCAUCGCCCAGAGCCGCCAAAGAUAUUUCGCCACUUACCCGAGCUUCGACCAAGUACCCUAUUCGUUUUCGGAAAGCAAUCAGAGUUUUCUUCCCCAGAGCGACGAGAGGAGAAAAUGCGGACAACAGGCACCGGAGUUGGGGGCAGCGGGGGCGUAGCAGCUGGUAGAGUUCAAGAGGAAACUCUUGACUGUGGCCACUUGAUACCGAUGGAGAAGGUUUCUGAGUGCGCAGAUGUCAUCUCUUCAUUCCUCGGGAAAGAAACGAGACAAUGGCGCGAUCAGCAAGAAUCGUUCAAGAGGUAUUGGGAAAGCCUGUCGAGACGACAACAAAUCACGAUCGAUGAACAGUGGGAGGAGAAGGUUAAGUUUGGGGAUAAAUACUUGAGAAAACCAUAG